GGGAGCAUCUUGCUUCUCGCACGCGCCGCUCCCCCUCUUCCUCGCGAGCCUUUUGUGUUUGAAUCUCACAUAUCAAUAAUUCAGGCGCGCGCGACGGAGCUCCCUCCCGCGCGCUAUGACUUCUGCUGCCUCGUCACUCGUGCAGGGCCCCUCCGCAGCGCGCGCCACUCCCGCGUAACCCGCGUGUCUCCAGGUGACAAGAAAGAAAAAGAAGAUUUAAAAUAAAGAAAGAGAAGUGAGGAAAAGUGGGAAUCUGAGCGGAGGGAAGAAGCCCCCCAAAAAAUAUAAACAGUCUGGUUCCCUCUCACAGAAAGAAGAGAGUUUGCUUGUUAAAAAGAAAACGGAGUGCCACCUUAAAUCAAAGACCUCCUCGCGCUUCAUCAAAGGGAAAAACCGGGAGCCUCGUCCUUCCACCUGACUUUGUUUUCAGGGGGAUCAGACCCGUCGACGCGGGGAAGUUGCUCCUGCUCCGGUAUGUUGGCGGUUUGCCUGCUCAGCGCCGUGUGGCUCGCGGCGGCUCCGGCCCGCGCGCAGAACGAGACGGAACCGAUCAUCCUGGAGGGGAAGUGUCUGGUGGUCUGCGACUCCAACCCCACCGCCGACCCCACCGGCACCGCGCUCGGCAUCUCCGUGCGCUCCGGCAGCGCCAAGGUGGCGUUCUCCGCGGUCCGCAACACCAACCACGAGCCCUCCGAGAUGAGCAACCGGACCAUGGUCAUCUACUUCGACCGGGUUCUUGUAAACAUUGGGAAGAAUUUUGACGAGGAGAGAAGUAAUUUCAUCUCACCACGCAAAGGGAUUUACAGUUUUAACUUCCAUGUGGUGAAAGUCUACAACCGCCAAACUAUACAGGUGAGCCUGAUGCACAACGGCUGGCCGGUGAUCUCGGCGUUCGCGGGCGACCAGGAUGUGACGCGCGAGGCGGCCAGCAACGGCGUGCUGAUCCAGAUGGAGAAGGGAGACCGGGCCUACCUCAAACUGGAGAGAGGAAACCUCAUGGGAGGAUGGAAAUACUCCACCUUCUCCGGCUUCCUGGUGUUUCCCAUGUAGAGGAAACCGGAGAGGAAGAGGAGGAGCAAGGGGUGGAAACGAAGGAGGAGCUGGUGGAAGAUGGAAAUUACGACGAAGGUGGGGAUGGAGAAAGAGAAAAAAACGGACGUGAAUGAGAUGGCCUUAAAGGAGGAGAAGAAGGAGGAAGAGAGAAGAGGAGGAUGUGACAAGAGACUUCUGUUUGGGACGCUGCGGAGGGUGGAGGGAAGAGGACGGAUGGGAGAAGUUAGAGCGAUGUAAGAGCAUGACACAGAAUGAUUAAACAAGGGUAACGCGAGAGGAGAAUGGUGGAGCCAGCACACGCGAGUGUACGGCCAGCUUCUUCACUUCCCCUCCUCCUUUCAUCCAUCCUGUCAUUCAUCCUUUUCCUCUGUUUUCUCUGUGGCUCGACUGCAGCUUUGGACAGCCAAAACUUUUUUUAUUCUCUGCUGACAGACGCAAUUGAUCAUUUAUAUGUUCCAGAGUGUUUUAAAAGCCCGAGUGUAACCCCCACCCCCCCGUCCCUCCGUCCCUCCGUCCCUCCACAUUCAUCAUUCAAUCAUUAAUUAUCGAUCUCCAUCAAUCGAAGCUUUGAAGAAUGUUUCUCGGAGAACUGCUCCUAUCAUCUCCCGCUUAUUUUACUCUUUGUUUUCAUAUUCUAGACAUAAAUCGCACUGAUUCUGGAUCAGCCUCCACCACAAAGCCAAGCUAGAACUUUUUUUUAGAGGGGCGACGCUGAACCCUGAUCCCAAAAUCAGGAGCUGAGGAAACAUUUACCUCCCUGUCAGCUUUGUUUUAUACUUAUAUAUAAAUCGCUGUCUUUUCCUGAUUCCUAGACAGUCAAGUGUCCCUCUCCCAUUCUUUCAUCCGCCUGCUAACUUCUUGCAUAUAGUCCCGCUCCUUCCCUCUGCUUCCCUGUCAGUCUCGUCCCUUUUGUCUUCGACUCAGAUGUCUCGGUUCCUAACAGCAGCCGGCAGUAAUGGUAAAUAUUUGCUUGCCAGCUGCGAGCAUCAGACACGUCUUCAAAUCUAAGAAUAGUCGACCGCGGUGUCCAGCUGUGACUCACAGAAAACACUUAGUGUACGAAACAACAGCUGACGUCUUUACAGUCCUUGAUGAAAACCAAUAUAUGAAAUUUAAAUGCAUGUGCAAAUAAUAGAUAAUAAUAAAUAAUAAAAAUAAUAGUUUCCCAGAUUUUUCUACAUACAAUCUCUUUCUAAAGGUGACGCUUCCCAGACGGGGAAACAUUCACCUGAGACAUUUACCAAGAAACCAAAUGUUAAUGGUGAAUUAAUAUUGAAUGCGUCCCCCCCCCCCACGGCUGGAUUAACCUCCUGCAGGGUGAUAUGUUAAUACUCAACAUGUUGUGACUGUUGAAUAUGUUUCACUUGGGCUUCAACUCUGAACUAAUAUAAAUAUUUGUCUCAGAUAAAAUCCCACAAUCUGGAAAAAAUUAGAUUUUAAGUUCCACAAGAGCAGGGCCACAGAAUAGAGGAUAGAAGUGUUUUUAUUCUAGUUCAGGCGUGAAAAUCUUUAACGAAUUCAGCAUUAAUCAAAUUAUAAUAACACGGAUGAUAUGGAGUAAACCUUUGGCUUCUAGGGGCCCUCGGGGCUCUGGGGCCACUGGGCAGUUUCCCUACACUUGACCUGACCCUUAAAUAGUUAAUGAUAUCAAGUCAUGACACUUGGUUAAUGUUAGAAAAAAGAUUGAUUAAAUACUGGAAAAGUCAAUAAAACCCUCCAUCUAUCAGCUCUACAGCUUAUCCUCUAUUUGAGGGUCACCUGAGGGGCCGGGGUAGACCCUGGACUUCAGGGUCUCCAUCGUAACGCAGGGGCCACAAGACUCAAUGCGUUUGGUAUUAACCUUUAACCACAACUAACAUUAACCAAAUUUAUACCUAAAGAGAUCAGAAGAAAAUGAAAAAGGCAGUUUUACAUUUCUGAAAAUGCAGAAUCUCUAGAUAUACAGAAGAGUUGAUAACCAGAGGAAUUUCAGAUCCACACUUAGAUAAAUUCCUCACGUAAUCAAUACUCCCCCACGACUCUCUUGUGACCGUAUCUAAUGAAACUAAUAUCGGUAUUGAUAGAAGUCGCACACAGAGUAUUGCUCUACUUUGCUACUUCAGUGUUUUUAUCGUCUCUCUGGCAGCCAAACAAACGUUGGAAUCGACCUCCAUUCUGUCCGACCAUCCCUCCUCCACACCUCCACCCCCUCCCUCCCUCCGUCUGUCUCUCCAUCCCCGCUGCUGUGUUUCACAGCCACACCCCUCCUCUCUUCUCUCGACUAUGCUGUUUACCCACAAGUGCAGAUUUCUCUCUCUUCCUUUAUUUAUUUAUUUUUUUGUACGCCUUUGUUACCCUCCCUCUCCUCCGCCCCUCCGCGACCCGACCGCCUCUCCUUCCCCGUGUCUGUACUUUAUCUGCUGCUGUACUCGUUUGCUUCCCAGCACGGGUCCUUCCGCGCUUUUCUUCAACGUUGGACUUUUGGACACUGAAACCAACUUACAACCACAAACUCUAUUAUAUAUAUAAAUAUAUAAAUACAUAAAUUUACACAGUAUAUGGAUAUAUACAUAUAUCGAAAAAUCUAAGCCACUGUUUCUAUUCUACUGGUAUUAUGAUGAUAAUAAUGAUAAUACUAAUACUGGAAAAACCGAAUCUGGUUGAUGACUAUAAUAUCUGUACUUCCGUACUUCAGUGUUAUAUAAAAGAAAAAAUAUUCUACGAGAAACUUACUAGUGAUUGUGUGGAAAAUCUGAGGCUGCCGUUCUGCUCUUCUGAUUAAAAACAUGCUUCUUGUUUUUGUUUUGGGUCAAACCAAGUUGUGGCUAAAAAGCUGAAUCUACUACUUCUAUAGAAAAACCUGCAGCUAAAGAGGACUUUUAUUUGUUUAUUAUUAUCAUAACUAUGAUUAUGAUUAUGAUUAUUAUUAAUAUCUUGACUGUAAAUUACAUGUGAAUAUUUAGACGAUGAUGAUAUUCUUUGAUUUCUCAAUCAAUCAAAUCGAUUUAUCUACUGUUUUUUCUUAUUUCUUUGCUCUGAUGAAAUCAAUAAAAUUUAAAUGGGACUUUUA